AUGGCGAACAGCAAGUCAGUGGUGGCGCUGAUCAAGACAAUGAAGCCGACCUUUCGCUCUAGCAACGACAACGACAAGGUCACCCUAGCCGUCCAUGCCUACUUCUUGGCCUCCGGCUACGACCUCAUCACCACUGGUCCCCACGCCUUUUCCCCUGUCGCCCUCAACUCUUCUUUCACAGAUGAAGUGCGUAUUAAGGGAUGGAACGAGCUCGAAGACCAGUACGUAUUCGUGUACGUGAACCUGGAAGAGGGUUCGAAGAAGGUCCGGGUCAAGUGCCUUGUGAUGGAGGAUGAACUGCAUGUGUUUUGCGCUCUGGCUGAUGGGUCUUCUAAGCAUGUCGAAUUAGACGUUGGGAAUUAUGUAGAGGAAACCGGGGGCGGAAAUUACUCUAGACAGUUUAAGAAUAUGGAGUGGCUGGUGAAAAUUCUCGACUCUUUGCACCCCUUGAUCAAGAGGGCCCAUGAUCAGCCCUAG